CUUUCCUUUGACAAGGCGACUACGGCUGCUACAACUACGGCUGCUAAUUUACCAAGCCUACGAACGAGCCACGUCUUUGUUAACACAUCUAGCAGGAAGGGGAGAAUUCUUUGGCCCGAGAGUUUUCUAGAAGGAACAUGGCAGAUUCAGACGAAGACUACAUCGCUACCGACGACGAGGAGAUCGGAGCUCACAACAUCAGCAAGAGUGGGCGUCACCGAGGAGCUGGGGGUGCGGCAGCAACAGGAGGAAGCGGAGCUCGGUCAAAGAAUGGCAGCAAACCCGGCGGUGGCGCGCAGAAGCGAGAACGAUGGGAGGACAUUAAGAGGUCUUGGGAUAAUGUUGUUGAAGGGGAAGACGGGAGUCUGUCUUCUACUGUUGCGGGAUUGUUGGAAGCUGGGAAACGGAAGAGGCUAUUGAAAGAUACUACUCCGUUACAAAGGGGUAUCAUCCGACACCUGAUCCUUAUCCUCGACCUCUCCUCUGCAAUGAUGGAGAAGGACUUCCGGCCUACGCGUUAUCUACUCUCGCUGCGGUACGCUUGCGACUUUGUCCGGGAGUAUUUCGAACAGAACCCCAUCUCGCAGCUCGGUGUCCUGGGAAUGCGGGAUGGGCUUGCGGUACGGAUUAGUGAUCUGAGUGGGAAUCCUGUGGACCAUAUCGAAGCUAUAGGGAAACUCCGUCUGGAUGAAGGGAAGGGCGCGCCGUCGCUGCAGAAUGCGCUGGAGAUGUCGAGGGCUGCGUUAUUUCAUGCGCCGUCACACGGUACGAGGGAGGUGGUUAUUGUAUUUGGUGCGCUGUUGAGCUCGGACCCCGGGGACAUACAUCAGACGAUUAGCCAUUUGGUUGAGGAUAAGAUUCGGGUUAGUGUUGUGGGAUUGUCGGCUCAGGUCGCUGUGUGCCGGGAGCUGUGCAAGAGGACGAACGCUGGGGAUGAGGGUGUCUAUGGCGUCGCUCUAGACGACAAGCAUUUCAGAGAGCUACUACUUGAUACAACUAUUCCCCCUGUCACACGCUCUGCGAAGAUGAGUGCUUCAAGUCUGCUCAUGAUGGGUUUCCCCUCCCGAAUGGUGGAAAAAACAGCUUCAUUAUGCGCAUGCCACUCGACACUAACAAAAGGCGGUUACCUCUGCUCCCGUUGCUCCACAAAGGUCUGUGCACUACCAAUGGAGUGUCCAGCCUGCGGUUUAACCCUCAUUCUCUCCACCCAUCUUGCAAGGUCCUACCACCACCUCUUCCCGUUGAAAAAUUGGGUAGAGGUUCCCUGGAAAGCAGCAUCAAAGUCAACCCACUGCUACGCUUGCCAAAUCCCGUUCCCUCACCCCCCGGCGAAACCCGAAGAACUCUCCGCGCCGGCAAAGACCGCUACGGGAACAUCUGUCUCGAGUAGGUACGCUUGCACGAUAUGCCACAAUCAUUUCUGCAUCGACUGUGAUGUGUUUUGUCACGAGACUUUGUAUAAUUGUCCCGCCUGUCAGUCCAGUGUGCCUAAAGGGAGGAUUUCUAAUGGCGCCAGGGGGAGAAGUGAUCCCAUGGAAGUGGGUUGA